UACAUAUCAUAAACCGUCUCCUUCCUCCUCCUCGUUUCCUCGGUGACUUUUCUCUGGAGAAAACAUGUCAGAUUAUCAGCGAAAGUAUCGUCGAGAAAGUUAUGGACAUGGAGGUCCAAGGAUGAGUCGUCCAAACUUGCCCGCAAGGGUACCCGUCGACACUGGUUCGUUAUGGCAACCCUUGCCUGCAUGGGAGCGAAGAUUCUGCGUAGUAGUCGGUGCAAUGCCCUGGAAAAGAUUUGUGCAAGCAAAGAACAAUCUCUAUCGGACUGACAAGGUUUAUGAAUGGAAUGAUUCGGCUGGGAAAAAGGCUUUCGACAAAGCCAAACAACGAUUCUGGGCAGAAUUCCAUGGUUUUCCUUACAAGAAACACUUGCCUAGUGCAGACCUGUACAUCGAUACCAACAUUGAUUGGAAUCCGGAAAUUGAUCCAGAACUUGCCUCGGGAAUCAGGCCACCUUCUGAUAAUGAAGGAAAACAGGUUACUUCUAAAAAAAGAAGGGAAGGAAAAGAGGUUGUUAAAGAAAUUGACUGCUUUUCAAUUCCACUGGAUCAGAUUCAGGCAACUGGGUGGGACGGGUGAUACUGCGGUCCGCAACACAGUUUUCCUGGAUAGCAAACAGCAAAGGGCCAAUAUGAACAGCA